CCGGCGCUGUGUGCUUUACUACGGCCACCCCGCAGCCUGGAUUCCUGGCCAACCAGGAGCGGGGAAUUACAACAAGAGGUCCCAGGUCCUGCCUGAGUGAGCAGCUGUGCCGAGUUCGGGCUCUCUGAGGGCGACUUGGUUCCCAAUAAAGCUGCGGAUGGGGGCUCCUUUUCCUGACUGGUUGCAGUUUCAGGCCACCGCCGCCGCCGCUGUGAAGUCUCCCACGAACCAUGCGGCUUGGCAAUGAUGUCGGCGGGGACACGCCACUAGCCUCGACUAUUAUUGAGCAGCUUACCCAUCUGUUAAAUGGCCCAUACUUUUCAUCUAACAUGUUUUCUUUUCUCGUCCGUGUAAACGAUUGUAGUUGGUAGAACAAUCCCGUUGAUAGCAUUACAUCAAACCACAAUGUCAGAGGGCGACGCGAGCAAAGUCUUCAAUGUUGGAGUGGUGGGCUAUGGCAUGUCCGCCAAGGUCUUCCACAUCCCUUUCAUCAAGCUCACAGAUGGCUUGACUCUCCACUCCAUUGUACAGCGGUCCCCCUCGGACGCCAACUCGGCACCGAAGGACCACCCUUCGAUCAAGCACCAGACCUCGGUAGACGCCCUCCUGGCCGACCCCGAGGUUGACAUGGUCGUCAUCACCACCACCCCCGACUCUCACCACGCCAUCACCAAGCAGGCCCUGGAGGCCGGCAAGCACGUCCUGGUCGAGAAGCCGUUCGUGCCGGCGUCGGCGCUGGCCGACGAGCUGGCCACCCUGGCUAGCCAGCGCGGGCUUGUGCUUUGCGUUUACCAGAACCGGCGCUGGGACGCCGACUUCACGACGCUCAAGAAGCUCAUCGACGACGGCGAGCUCGGCCGGGUCUACGAGCUCAACACCCACUUUGACCGCCACCGGGCCGCCCGCCCCACCAACUGGAAGGCUAGCCUGCCCAUGGACCGGGGCGGCGGCGUCGUCUUCGACCUCGGCACCCACCUGCUGGACCAGGUCUACGUGCUCUUCGGCAAGCCCUCGGCCGUGAGCGCAAAGUUCGUCAGCCAGCGCGACGGCCGCAUCGUGUCGGGCGCCGGCGGGCUCGACGACGAGCCCGACAGCAUCGACGCGCUGCUCACGUACGCGGACGCGGGGGUGCUGGUCCAUGUGCGCGCGGGCGUUCUGAGCGCCGAGGUCGACCAGCCUCGCUUCUGGGCCCGCGGAAGCCGCGGGACCUACCGCAAGACAGGACUCGACCGCCAGGAGGACCAGCUCAAGGCCGGCAUGGUCGGGACCGAGGCCGACUUUGGCAGGGACCCGGCGUCGUGCCCGGCCGGCCGCCUCGCCCGCGUCGCCGACGACGGCUCCGUGUCUGAGGUCGACUGGCCCAACACCGAGCCGCCCCCGACCUACUUCGAGUUCUACCGCCGCCUGGCCGCGGCGCUACGGACCGGCAGGGAGGAGGACGUGCCCGUACCCGCGGGCCAGGCCGCCGACGUCCUUCGCAUCAUCGAGGCGAUGCGGGAGAGUGCCAAGACCGGGAGGGAUGUUGCGCCUGCUUGAUGCUUUGCUAUUAGGUUGUAUCGGGGAUCUUUCCGGUUGAUAUUUCUCCUCGGCGCGAGAUAUCCGACGGGAAAUCACCCCUGUUACCACUCAGGGUGCAUUGGCCAACCCCAACUGUCCAAAAUGAGACGUUUCUCAUCCCCAACGCUCCGCCCAAAAACAACUCUACCCUUACACAGCCAGACAAUGUCUCGGAUGUCUUUUUUUUUGCGCUCAGGAUUAAGGUAUCAAUCCAGCCACGCCAGCAGGGGGAUUUCACUUGUGGCAAUUGUCGCAGCGCACGGCUCGCACAUUUGGAAGAGACUGAUUCGGCGUCGCUAUUAAAAGCAACGGCCAAAAACAGAAACGGAAGACAAAAUAACAGAGGCAAUUGCCCAAAAGGGAAAGUUGGGUGUGGCUUUCUUUGGGUGCGCCCAUUUGGUCUGCAAGUUCAUUUAUGGAUGGGAAAGCAGGAUUGCAUAAAUGUCCUGUUUUUUUUCUUUAUAUUUCCAUUUCUGACGACGAAAACCCCUUCGGUAGUCCGCAGAGGCCACCGAACUUGGGUGCUAAAAUGGGUAUAUAGCAGCGCACAUGGCUGUGCUUUGCAACAAACUAGACCCGGGCCUAGAAGCCCUGUUGUUUAAAACUACGCAAACGCUCUGCAUUUCCAUCUCGCGGGGACCUUCACGGAGCGGCAGCACAGGCCGCGUCCCACUGGGCGCUGGGGGAGCAGGCCUCCCCUUCGGACAGGGCCCUGCUCGCCAGGCUCAGGCCCGAGAUCUUGAUGACGUCCGGGUCCACUUCAACAGAGACCGAAGUGACGGUCUCGCACUGGAUCGUCAUGGCGGGGGCGCUUCCCUGUCGCCGCCAGGUGCGUCAUGCCGCCUGUUCUGC